CAUUAGUGGCAAAGAGGCGCCGAGAGAGCUUGCUCGUCGAGAUAAGAUUUUGGAGCUAUCUAGCUAGCGGGCGCAGCUCACGCCUCAGAGUUACAGGGACAAGAGAAGAGUGCAUCGCCGGAACUGAAAGGCAAUGGCCGCCUCCGCUUCUCUGCUCAAGUCGUCCCCGGUUCUCGACAAGUCCGAGUGGGUCAAGGGCCAGAGCCUCCGCCUCCGGCAGCCCGCCAUCUCGGUGGUGCGCUGCCACCCCACCGCCGCCACCGUCCGCGCCGCUUCCUCCUACGCCGAUGAGCUCGUCAAGACCGCUAAAACAGUGGCCUCGCCGGGGAGGGGAAUACUGGCGAUGGACGAGUCGAACGCGACGUGCGGGAAGAGGCUGGCGUCGAUCGGGCUGGAGAACACGGAGGCCAACCGGCAAGCCUACCGGACCCUGCUGGUGUCGGCUCCGGGCCUCGGGCAGUACGUCUCCGGCGCCAUCCUCUUCGAGGAGACGCUCUAUCAAUCCACUGUCGAUGGCAAGAAGAUGGUCGACGUUCUCGUCGAGCAGGGCAUUGUUCCCGGCAUCAAAGUCGACAAGGGUUUGGUGCCCCUGGUGGGAUCGAACAACGAGUCGUGGUGCCAAGGGCUUGAUGGGCUUGCCUCACGUUCAGCUGCCUACUACCAGCAGGGGGCUCGUUUCGCCAAAUGGCGUACUGUUGUGAGCAUUCCCAACGGGCCAUCGGCUUUGGCUGUCAAGGAAGCUGCCUGGGGCCUCGCUCGCUAUGCUGCCAUCUCUCAAGACAAUGGGUUGGUCCCAAUCGUUGAGCCAGAAAUCUUGCUUGAUGGGGAGCACGGAAUAGACAGAACUUUUGAAGUGGCUCAGAAGGUCUGGGCAGAGGUCUUCUUCUACCUUGCUGAGAACAAUGUCAUGUUCGAAGGAAUCCUCCUCAAGCCCAGCAUGGUCACCCCUGGAGCUGAGUGCAAAGACAGGGCCACACCGGAGCAAGUUGCCUCAUACACCCUCAAGCUCCUCCACCGGAGAAUCCCCCCGGCCGUCCCCGGAAUCAUGUUCUUGUCUGGUGGGCAAUCAGAAGUUGAAGCAACCCUGAACUUGAAUGCGAUGAACCAAGGACCCAACCCAUGGCAUGUGUCUUUCUCCUAUGCCAGAGCUCUCCAGAACACCUGCCUGAAGACAUGGGGAGGGCGCCCGGAGAACGUGAAGGCGGCUCAGGACACUUUGCUGGUCCGGGCCAAGGCCAACUCGCUGGCUCAGCUCGGCAAGUACACCGGCGAGGGAGAGUCGGAGGAGGCCAAGAAGGGAAUGUUUGUCAAGGGCUACACCUACUAAUUAUAAAAUGAAGCUGGGAUGGGUUGGUGAUGAUCGAUGAAGAAGCUGUGAGAGCCGUGAAGAGGGUGAUGAAUGAAGUGGUGAAAUUAAAUUUAACUUGGGUUUCUCGAUCUCCCAUCUCCUCAUUGUGUAAUGCUCUGCUUGUAACAGUGGAAUACUAUUUUUGCCAGUUUACUUACAUGUACUUGUAGCCAUGUAAUAAACUCCUUGCUCGUGAGAGAUCCUCCUGCUUAA